UAGUCCACGUCCGAUGAUACCAGACCCGCGUACUUCUAUGGUCUUCUCUUUCUAUUUCUUUCCCGCCACUCCAUUUCUACUGAUCUCUCUAUCAUAUUUCCAUCAUGAAUCCUGCAAAUCCAUAUCUCAAUCACCAUUCUUUCACUUUCCUUUACCAAAACCCUAACCCUAACCCUAACCCUAACCGUAGCCCUAGUUUUCCAUUCCCUCCCUUCCCAGCUCCACCCCUUCCUUCGAUCCUCACCACUCCGAACCCACCCCAAAACCCUAACCCUAAUCCACCCCUCCCUCCAAACACCACCAUCCCUGACGCAAUCUCGGCCCUCAAGCACUCCAUCCAUCUGGCGCAAACCACCCUCCAAUCUAUAUCCCGUCUUCUUAACCUCCCCUGCUCCGAUCCUCCCAAAACCCACCUCUCUCCCUGCCCUUUCAACCCCAACCACCUCCUCCCCGUACAUUCCCUUUUUCUCCAUUUCAUCCGCUGCCGUUCCUCUCCCGCCGCCCUCUCCCCUUCCCUGCUUGACUCCCUCCGCUAUCCCAAAUCUCUCCUCGACCCUUCCAACCAAACCCGCUUCCCCGAAUCCGAUGCCGACCUUUGCUUAUCGCUCGAUGAAUACAUUGGCUUUGGUGGUUCAAAUUUCUUUUACAAGGACUGCCCUGGUGUUGUCCGAUCCUCUGACCAGGAUGCUGCCAGGAGGACUUUCACUCUUCCCGCGGUUUUAUCUGUUGAGUGUGCGAAUUUCGACAGUGAUGGUGAUAACAAGGAAAUUAAGGAGGAGGUUCCAGAGAUUCUUCUUCUUCCUUCGGAAUUGUGGGCCUUGAGGAGAGAAAUCAAGGCAUGGAGUGAUUACCCGUUGUCGUAUUCUUACACUGUUCUGCGGGCCAUUUCCUGCUUAAAACGGAUGGAUGAAUUGGAUGCGUUGAACUGUGUCAUUGGGAAUUCGCCUCGGUAUGGGAUUGUGAUCGAUGUCCCAAUGCGGGAUCACGUGUUUGUGAUUUUGAAGCUGUGUUUGAAGGUGAUUUGGCGGGAGGCUUCAAAGUCUCUGGAGUUUGUGACAAGGGGAGAAUUGGGUUCUGGAGAGAAUUUGAAGUUGCUGUGUUUUUUCUGUCCACAUUUGGUCGAAGUCCUGAUGUGGUUGGCUUUGCAGCUGUCUGUUUUGUAUGGAGAACAGAAUGGGAAACUAUUUGCCAUUGAGAUGCUUGCUCAGUGUUUAUUGAGUGCAGGGUCGGGUUCGUUGUUGUUCAUGUUGGGGGGAAAAGAGGAAAGGGAUUUAGAUGCUGCUGAAAGUUCAUGGUCUGAAGGUAAAAUGUUUGUUUCACAAGUUGCAGCUGCAAUUGCGGCACUGCAUGAACGGUCCUUGCUGGAGGAAAGAAUCAAGGAGUUGCUUUUUGGGAUACCACCUUCAAAAGUUCAGCUGAUAAAUGAACAUUUAUCUGUGUCAACGAGGGCAUAUGAGGAGCGAGCAAAGCGCCUUGACUAUAGAGCCUUACUUGAGCAUGAUGGGCUUCUUUGGCAGCAAUCGCGCAACCAGGACACAAAUAAAAACAAGACAAGAGAGGAGCUGUUGGCUGAGGAAAGGGAUUAUAAACGGCGGAGGAUGUCCUAUCGUGGUAAGAAGGUGAAGCGAACAACGACAGAGGUGAUGCGGGAUAUAAUUGAGGAGCACAUGGAGGAAAUCAAGCAGGCAGGAGGGAUUGGGUGCUUGGUGAAAGGAGCUCAAGAAACUGUAUCAAGUUCUGCUUAUGACAAAACGGCAGAUGUUGAUGAGUUAAAAGGCAGCGGGCGCCGCUCAGUCGAAACAAACAGAAGUCAUUCUCAUGUUUACGAGAGACAAGUACACACUGGCUUUAACAUCGCAUCUAAGAGGCUAGAGGAUGCUCUUACAAAAGAUCAAUCAGGCAUGAGCAGUGGGAUGAAGUAUGCACACCAGCAUCAGAGUUAUGAACACCAUGUGUCUAAUAAUUCUUGGGAAGAUCGCAAGAGAAGUAUCAGCAGGGACAAUCAUGAUAGUGAGUAUAGAUCUAGAAGUCCACAUGGUUAUCGAAGUCACAGCCAAUCACGUGAGCGACAUGGGCGUCAAAGAGAGCAAGAGCAAGAUGAUGUGGAAGGGACUAGGAAUAAGUAUGAAAGGAAUGGUUCCUUAUCUUCUCACAGUUCUAAACACCGGGAUAACCGAUCCUUCUCUUUUUCCUCAAAACUUUCACAGGAUUCAAGCACGAGUAAGUGUGAUUGGAUGCAAGAAAGUAAAGAUAGACAUGGACACUGGAUUCAGGGGAAGCGUAAGUCAGGUUCUGCAGCACAAAGUACUUUUCAUGACAGAUACGAUCCUUCUGGCUCAUAUGAUAGUUAUGAAGAGACUAGUGAUGCCUCUUUGGACAGCAAAUACAUUAGACUAGAUAAAUUGUAUGGUCAAACACAUGAUGUCAAGCAUCAUAAACUACAAAGACUUGACAAGUCUAGCAAAGGACAUUGCCCUGAUCAUCAGAAGAAGUCAUGAAUGGAUCUUACGUUGUUUCUAUACUUAAUAUGUUGCUUGGGAGCUUGGAUGUGCACUUCUAAACUGGAAAGUCUGAGCUUAUUUUGGCUAGAUGCCUUAGCUGAUUACUCUUCACAGGAGAAAAAAGUGCUUUGGCUGAUUGUAGCACGAUGUAACGAUAACCUCUCUUGAUUACAGCCCAAUAACAGACUUAACCAAAACUCUGUAUCUUUGAGCGUCUUAAUCUGAGUCCUGAUGGAAGCUGUCCUGUAUCUGGUUUCUGUAAUUAUUACUUACUAAGUGAUCUCAUAGAUGUGUUCAAUAAAAGCCAAUCAAUGUUUUAAAUAGCGAAUAUGUGUGAUGUAGCAUUCACCCUUUGAAGCACAAGGUGUAAGCUACGUGGUGUGUAGCUUACACACUACUUUUAGAUUUUAAUUAAGGUUGUGCUUGGUUGCACCAAACCAAAUAGCAUGAAAUAUCAUGAUAUUUGGUGCAACUAAACACAUCCUAAAGUAAUGGAAAAAUAGCAACGGAAAUGAUUUAAUAUUGUUAUUUUGCUAAAGUCAUUGAAAACAUUAACUAGUGUUUUUGUUAAGCUUGCUCCUGCUGUCCCUUUCCCUUUGUAGUCAUUUGUCUUCUUGUCCUUUUUUGUUUGUUUGCUUUCCUCGCGCCUUGCGGGGUUCUAAUAAAAUUUACUCACCUUUCAAAAAAAAAAAAAACAUUGACUAGUGUUUAUUAAAAAUGGAUAAAUGUAACAAAUCAUUGAAACAUGAAUUAGUUUUAAUGUUUAGUGAAAAACGUGUAGCAUAAGCUGCAUGGCAUGUAACAUAGGCUAUGUAGCAUGUAGCUGUAUGCAAAUCAGGGUGUAGCAUAGGCUACAAGAGGCUUGAGCUAUUUCAUGAGCUACAUAGCGUGAAACCUAAGUUACAAGCCACAAAGUGUAAGCUGUUUAAAACACUGAAGCCAAUGAAGUGCCACUUUCAAACUCAAAUAGGAAUAUUUAUUGGGUUGUGAGCUCCGCCUGUUAGAGCUCUAGCUGUAAAAUAAUGGAAAGAGGGAUGGAAUGGAGAAGAAAGAGAGAGGAGAAGCGAAUGGGCCGAAGUUAGGGUUCAUACCCCCCUCUCCUUCCUUUAUAUUUUGAAAGUUUCAUAAUUACAGAAAUGCCAUUAAUUACAAAAAUCAAAAAUCCCUUCCGUCUUAGAUCAAAAUUACCCAUCCAAUUAGGCCUAUGUAGGCCCACGUUACAUUCAUUAACACUCCCCAGUGUCCGAAGUAUUGUCAUUGCUAUAAGUUUUGUCGGUUGGGGAUACGGAAACAAUAUUGAUGUCACGGAUGUAGGGAAACAUGGGGAAAACAGUGGAAUUUUUAAGUGAAACUUCAAGAGAUGCUAAAAUACACAUAUUUGCAUCCUUAGGAAAAAAAUUGCGAAAAGAAUGCAUACGUAAUAAAUUUCCAUUUAAUGGGGGCCUAAAAGCAUGUGUUGUUGUAAGAAACCAGUCCAAUCAUCCCAUCUAUCCCAUAUAGCCAUCCAACCAUCCUAGCUAUCCAUCCAACCAUCUAACCUUAUAUCCAAACAUCCAUCGAUAUUUCAAAAUAUCAACAAAACACGAUAUUUCAUCGAAAAAUCGUCAGCAACAGGAAAGGAAACAAAGGACUAUAGUCUCAAUAUCGCCCAUGUUGCAAUAACGAUAAUAUUGCGAUACAAUUGAUAUUAUCACCGGCAAUUUUAACAUUGCAUACAACCAUGCACGCAUAAAAAAUUUGAAAUGGAUUUUUUUUUUUUUUUUGUUU